AUGGGAAGAUCAAGUAGAGUUUUGGACGGAGUUUUGGAACAACUUGAACCGUCCCCGGAACCCCUGGUGGGUUCUUCUUUGGAUCUGAAUCAAAACAGAAUAAACGACGAUAGGCUUGAUCAAGAUAGUUUUGAUCAGGAGAGAUUUGACCAAGCCAUGUCGGAGACGUCAGAAUUACUGGCCAAGAGCUACAUGGAUGAUUUCGAGACGGUGAUUUCUAACGAUGAAAUGCAGACGCUACCGAGCAAAGACAAUCUCAAAUUUCCUGUAGGAGUUGCCGAGCACGUGAGAUCGUAUAGCUCAGCGGAAGAGGAGGAGGAGGUAUCAACAACAAUACGACCUGCGGAUCCAGGAGUGGUCGAAUCGUAUCGUGACGUUUCUCAUUUGCAGGAGCUGGAGGAUUUACCACAUGGAAGACAUUUGGGAGUAUUCUCGGUUAUGAUCCUCCUUAUUACGCGAAUUGUUGGAUCUGGAAUCUUUGCGACGCCAGCCCUUAUAUACAGAGAUGUGGGAGGAUCGCCAGCGUUGUUUUUUUUGGUUUGGAUAACAGCUGCAUUAAUGUCGUUUUCAGGACUGUUUGUUUUCCUUGAAUUGGGAUCCAUUCUGCCGAGAAGUGGAGGAACAAAGGUGUUUCUUGAGUAUGCCUACAAUAGGCCGUACAUGCUGAUGAGUGUUGUGUUCAACAUCUACUCAAUUCUGUUUGGAUUCACCAUUACCAACACACUAAUAUUUGGAAAAUAUAUCAUUUACUCGCUUGGCUUUGACGAUGCCAGUGAGACGAGUGCGAGAUACGUGGGGCUGACCCUCGUGGUGUUGGUCACAGUGAUACACGGAGUUUCCACGAAAUACGGAGUCUUGAUCCAAAACUACACCGGUGGACUGAAGCUGUUUUUGCUCGUGGCAAUGGCAUUCAUAGGACUGUAUGUCAUGGUGUUGCCAAGUUCGUGGACCCAUAUAGAGAACCAGAUGGAGUCUGUGAAUUUCUUUAAGGCCACAUCCGAGGUGAGCUUCUCCAGCUUCAUAUCAGGGCUGUUGAAGGCCAUCUUCUCGUUGGCGGGAUGGAACUCCGCACACGUGGUUUCCAGUGAGAUGAAAGACCCAGUGAAAACCAUGAGAAUUGCUGGACCACUGGCCAUGGGCAUUGUCGUCAUCUGCUACAUGUUCAUCAACAUUGCAUACCUCAUCGUUAUACCCAGUGAAGACCUCAUGGGAUCGGGCGAGCUGGUUGGCAGCUUGCUCUUUGAAAAACUGUUUGGUUACAAGAUUGGAAGACAAUUUUUGACUGCCACAGUGGCUGCCUCGGCAGCAGGCAAUAUUGUGGCUGUUCUGUAUGGAGUGUCUAGAAUGAACCAGGAAGUCUUCCGUGAGGGCUUCUUGCCAUUUUCUAAGUUUUUUGCUUCAAACAGACCGUUCCAGGCGCCAUUUCCCGCUUUGCUCAUUCCGCUGGUGAUAUCGUCUGUUUUUCUGCUUCUUCCAAUACCAGGCGAUCUAUACGAUUACAUCGUGAACCUGGAGGGAUAUCCAGGCCAGAUUUUUAUUGGACUUGCAUCAGCGGCUGUAUUCCUCAUUCGAAGAAGGAGACCAGGCUAUGUCGCGCCAAUAAGGGCUCCAUCUAUUGGGGUCAUCUUCAUGAUAUUGUUGUCUGUGUUUCUCUUUUUUGGCCCAUUGGUACCCCAUAAAGGUGGAAAGGAGUUCCAAGGCUAUCCCAACUACGCUGUCACUGGGCUCGUGAUUUUGGCACUCUGUGCCUUAUACUGGGCUGUAAUGUUCGAAAUCAUGCCUCGCAUACGGAACUACGACUUGGUUCAAACCCAAGAGGUGCUUAGUGACGGAAUGACCAUCAAAGUCUGGAAAAAGGAUUUUAGAGCGCCGCACCGUGGUUUGGUAUAG